AUGGACGUGUUCGACAAUCAGUAUCGUAUUUAUCGUAUUUUAUUGAAAAUUUUAGGACUAUGGCCAUACGACAACUCAAUCUACGUAUGGAUUCAAAGGUUAUGUUUAUUACUGUACUUUCUUAUCGGUGUAAUAUUUCAGAUUUACAUGCUUAUGAUAUCUGAAAUUACAUUACAAAAUUGCAUUUUCACGUUAUCUAAGACUUUUCCUAUACUGCUAUUUUUUUUACGAUAUCUUCAUUUUAUUACACUGUUUUCUUACACAGAACUUUUGUUCGAUGAUAUACGUACAGAAGAACGUCUAUUACAGGAUACGACAGAAAUACAAAUACAAACGAAAUAUCUCGAUAUUUCCUGUCAUAUCAUACACAUUUUUUUUUGGAUGACUUUUACUGUUAUUGUAGCAUUCAUCAUAUUUGUAGUAAAUCUUAUAACAUUGGAUAUAAUAAUGCCUUUAAACGAAUCUCGUAUUCACAUCAAUAUCCCAUUUCUUUUAGACGAUGAAAAUGCGUAUAUUCAAAUGUUUUUAAUGUUAAAUUUCAUGUUAAUUCUGUUACUCGGAUUAUUAUCUAUAAUGGGUACAGAGUUAUUAUUUAAUAUUUUUAGUUAUUAUAUAUGCAGACAAUUUCAUAUUGUCAGUUACCGAAUUCGAAAGAUAGUUGAAGAUCUCAGUAUAUCUACUCUGUCCAAGCAGAUAGACUUUAAUUUUACAGAUAUACAUCGAGUAGUGGAUAUUCAUAACGACGCUAUCGAAUAUAUUAAUUUAGCUACAAAUAAUGUGACGACACAAUAUCUGAUAGCUAUCGUUAUAUGCAUAUUUUCAUUCUCUGUAAAUCUAUAUCGCCUAUAUAAUGCAAUAACAAAUAUGGACAAUCCAAUAGAAAUUUUGGGUUCUGCUCUUAUGGUUACUUAUCAUUUAAUGAUCGUAUUUUUCAAUAAUCACUCCGGACAAAUAAUUAUUGACAGUAGUCUUGACAUAUUCAAUGAAUUAUGUGCUUCUACAUGGUAUCGCAUUCCAUUAAAAGCUCAAAAAUUAUUAUUGUUUAUGAUACUGAGAACUUCAAUGGGUGCUGAAUUACGUCUUUCUGGUUUAUUCACUCCGUCUUAUGCAGGCUUUACGUCGAUGAUGAGUUCGUCUUUCUCCUAUUGUGCUGUUAUAUACUCAAUUCAAUAAAUAUAAUCGAAUAUUACUGGAAUAUUACUUCAAUAUAAAUAUUGCAAUUAUAUGAUAUUGUUAAACCCGUAGAUUUGAAUAACGAAUAUUUGUUAAAUACAAACAAUUUGAGUAAUAAUAUUUAAAUAAAAUAAUGUUGUAUUUUGUAAAUCUAUUAAUCGUUUUCCAGUUACUAAAAUAUUUAUUGUUGCAAUAAUACUUGGAAAUAAAUUUUUACGACACGAUUAAUUUUAAACUAUUUAUGCCAUGUUCUAUCUUACUUUGUAUCGCGUGAAAUUAUUCCACUGUUCUUAUUUUUUUCUAUUACAAUUCUUCACAUUUUAACAUUUUAACAUUACAAAAGAAACAGUAUUGUGAGUAACUGACGAUUGUAAGAUUAAUAUCAGAGCUUCUAUUCUUUACUUUCAAAUCGAAAAAAGACAAGAAAAUAUAUGAAUGAAAAUCUAUUAUGAAAUAACAGUGCUCAGUAAUGAGUGCGAAGAAAAUCGAUCGAAUGCAAUUUACUAUAAUUUUCACGUUUAAUAGUUUAUAAGUGCAGAAAAAGUACAGUAUAGAAUUUGAGAUAUAGAAAUAAUAAUGUGAAUAAUAUAUUGAACCGAGGUAUAGACGGAUGAUUCUUCGAAUUUUACGUGACAGUUAAUAUCUGGCAAGAACGAUGAACGUGUUCGACAAUCAGUAUCGUAUUUAUCGUAUUUUGUUAAAAAGUAUAGGACUAUGGCCAUACGACAACUCAAUCUACGUAUGGAUUCAAAGGUUAUGUUUAUUAAUGUACUUUUUUAUUAGUGUAAUGUUUCAGGUAAUAAAAAUUUGAUUAUU